AUGGACGACCUCUACGAUGAGUUUGGUAACUACAUCGGCGAAGCCGAGUCCGAUGACGAGCAGCAGGAGCAGGUCCCGCAGGCCUUCAAGUUUGACGAGGCCUUUGACGAUGAGGAAGAGGAGGAGGAGGAGGAGGAGGUCAAUGACCAGCAAUUGAUGGAGGUCGACGAGGGACCUUCAAACGCGGUCAUUCUACACGAAGACAAGCAAUAUUACCCCAGCGCACAACAAGUAUACGGCGCCGAUGUCGAAACUAUGGUCCAGGAGGAAGAUGCGCAGCCGCUAUCCGAACCCAUCAUCGCGCCCGUCCAGCAGAAGAAAUUUGCGAUCGCUGAAACGGAGCUUCCCCCGUCUAUUUCUCUCGCGAAUUCAUGUCCGACUUGCUGA